GUCAGUCACGUUUCCUAUUCCAGUUUGAGCACACAGACCGAUGAAUUUCUGCGUAGUAUCCGUCCAAGUAAUUUUGGUUGUAAUUUUCCUAGUGCAAUGUCAAUAUGGUUUUGCGCAGGUGGAAGCAGAUUCACAAGGAUCACAAGGCGUUGCAAAUUUGGUCAAUAGCUUAGAAAAAAAAGUAAAUAUUCAGGAAUUGAUGAACGAGCUUUACGGAAAAGAUAAAAAGACAGAAAACAAGUCUGUAGAAUUCCCUACAAGAAUAAUUGAACAUGCCACUGGAACUUUACCAAAUACUAAUGAUAUCAAUGAAGAAGUCGAUUUUACUGAAUUGGUAAAUAGUCAAGAACUGGCAGAACUUUAUACCGCGACCUCGUUUGAAACCCGCGCCAGUGAAGUCACUAGUGAUGAAGCUAACGCUGAACCUGACACUGAAAUGGUUACAAACGUACAACAGAAACCUAAAAGGAAGAAAAGGAUUAAGAAACGCAAGAAAAAUCGCAGAAAAAAACAUUCGCCUGCGAUCCAGGAGCUAAAAACAGUAACGAGUUCAGAAGUAGAAAAGGCAGAAUUUGGGAAAAAUAAAAUUAUGAGGAAAUACCAUAAUAAACCACAUCGCAAUAUACGCAAAAGGAAGUUUGUAAAGACAGCAAUUAAAGAUGUAAAUACUAAUUCUGAUUCAGACGAAGCUAAAGCAAAGCCGGUGGACAUAAUUGUACAUAUUAAAAUGAACGAUUAG